AAUUCUCUUCUUUUAUGUUUCCUCACCUUUUAAUUUUAAGGUACAAUUAAUAAUAAAUUUCAAUUUAUGACCUUAUUAAAAAUGAAAUUUAAUCUUAAGAGGAUUUUAAUCCUCUUUAUCUCAUUAUUUGUGAUUGGAUCUGUAGCUAUUGAAACAAGCGUUCACACCGUUAGUGGGGAUAGUCUUCAUUUGAAAGAUUAUACUAAUGAAAUUACAAAUCUUAAUGAACCAUACAAAUUUAUUAAAACCGAUUAUUUUAAACCCAUUACACAUCUUACUUUCACUAAUAAACCUGUAACUCGUUAUUAUCAAUUGACAUUAAAAAAAGUUAAAAUGUCACCUGAUGGUUUUGAAAGAACUGUUUGGAGUGUAAACGGUCAACAUCCUGGUCCACUUAUUCAAGCAAAUAAAGGAGAUAGACUUGUUAUAAAUGUAACAAACCACUUUGAUGAUCCAGCAAGUAUUCACUGGCAUGGUAUGUUUCAACAUGGUACAAAUUGGUACGACGGAGUUCCAGGACAAACUCAAUGUCCAAUUCCAAACGAUGUUUCUUUAGUCUAUAAUUUUAGUACAACCGAUCAACAUGGUACCUACUGGUAUCACUCUCAUUUUUUUGCCCAAUACGUUGAUGGUUUACGUGGAUCACUUGUUGUUCACGACCCAGAUGAUCCAUAUUUAAAUCAAUACGAUUUUGAAUACCUUGUCGUGUUAUCAGAUUGGCAUCAUAAUACAACUGGUGUUCUCUUACCACUUCAGGACGCUCCAGGUUAUAGUGGUUUUCGCCCUAUUCCAGAUUCUCCACUUAUAUCCGGUCUUGGUAGAUAUAACUGUACUGCAGCUCCCCCUGGAUCCAAAUGUAAUUCUGAUCAACCAUUACCCGUAUAUAAUGUUAAAAAGAAUAAAAAAUAUCGUUUCCGUAUAAUCAAUUCCGCUGCAGAUGGUGUUUUCGUCUUCUCUAUUGAUCAACAUAAACUUAAGGUUAUAGAAUCGGAAGGAAUAUAUCUUAAACCAACCAUAAUUAAAAAAUUACCCGUUGCUGUCGGUCAACGUUAUUCCGUGAUUGUUGAUGCUAACCAACCAGUUGGAAACUAUUUUAUUCGUGGAACUCUAGAUAAAAGAUGUACUCCAAAUAAUAAUGCAACAAUUAAUUUUAAUUCCGCUAUCGACUGGGAUGGUCUUGGUAUACUUCAUUAUGAAGGUGCAAAAAAUAGUCCAAAUUCGAAAGAAUUCGAUGAUGAUUUUACUCCUUGUCGUGAUCUUGACAAAAAACAUUUAAAACCUAUUAAACCCAUCACUAAAUAUGAUGGUCAUGUUACUGAUUUUGUCAAUAUUACCAUUACGUUCGGAGCGGAUAAGAAUCAAAGAUUAGAAGCUUUAAUUAAUAACUCUUCGUUCGUACCUCAAUUGAAUGAUCCAACGAUCAAUAAAAUCACAAGAGAUAUCGCUGCUAAAGAUUUACCAAAAGAUCAGAAUUCUGUGAUUCUUAAUCACAAUGGUGGUAUUGCAGAAAUUUAUGUAAAAAACGAUAACAAUGCCGAUCAUCCAUUUCACAUGCAUGGACAUGUAUUCGCUAUAAUGUUUGUUGGUGAAAAAGGUGAUGUCCCUGAUGAAAGCAAAUAUAACAAGAAAAAUCCUGUCGUUCGUGAUACUGUAACUAUUCCUGGAAAUGGAUUUUUGGUUAUUCGUUUCAUCACUGAUAAUCCUGGUGUUUGGGCUUUCCAUUGUCACAUUGAAUGGCACGUCGAAAUUGGUAUGGUUAUGGGAAUUAUAGAACUUCAAGAUACUUUGAAAAAAGAAACUAUACCGGAAGAUGUCGUUGCUUUAUGCUUAGAACAUGAUCUUCAAAAGAGGACAACUCGAAAAAUGUUAAAUGCAAUUGUAAUUAAUGAAAUUAGAAGUGACGAUUAA